GCUCCGUGCGUCUUGACGCAGCUGGAGCGCCAGUCACCAUGGUGGUGGCAUACAACAGAACACGGCCAGCCAGCGGCGCACCGAUUCCCACUUUUAGCUGUCCGCAAACGCCAGUAAAAUGACUUUCCUCUGCGAACGCGACGACUUUUGACGUUUCGCGACGGACGCCAUGUUGCUGCGGGCAGGUUAGCCGGUAGCCGUUAGCCUCCUCCUUUUGUUUACCGGACCGUUUGUGGGAUUUCUCCGCGUCGCUAGCAGAAUGCCGAGGGAGACAAGGGAUAUCUUCACCCGACGCUGGCUUCUACGGCCGGGAGCCGAAGCUUGACAGUUAGAAAUCAGCUCGGAGGGACACUUUGAUCCGCGUUUCCCCGAUUAAAACAAGUUUUUUUUUUUUAGCGAGCAGCCGCCGCGCGGACCGCUGUUGGGGCAGCGGAGAGGGGGGACAGACACCCCGGGAGGACCGCUGGGCUGUCUGGCUCCAGUCGUGGCCUGGCUUCGGGCACUCCCAGCUUCGCAGCCCAUCCGACGACAAUAACCCGAAACGAAGAGCAGAGACCUGCAUCCGUGCGCGCCGAUCGCCUGCGGAUCCCCGCGGCGCAGCUUUCGGGAUAACAGACUGCGCUGCACGCCGCUCUCCAGGACAAUGGCGUCUUAUGUGGAUAACCGCUUUCGGCAGGCGGUGAUGAUGAAUCCGGCGGAGCGGACGCAACAGGACCUGGAGAUCGUCUACUCGUAUCUCCAUGGGAUGGAGGCCCUGUCCAACCUGCGCGAGCACCAGCUGAGAAUAAUGUGCGAGACGGUGCGUUACGAGCGGCACGAGGCCAAUGAAGUGCUUUACUACCCGGAUGAUGUCGGGAGCUGCUGGUACAUCCUGUUAUCAGGGUCCGUUUUCAUCAAGGAGUCCAUGUUUCUUCCAAGAAGCAGGUAAGAUCACCAAACACCCUCAC